AUGCCUUUAAACCUUGUUGCUAGAAAAUCAUUAAGAGAUAAUGAAGAACACUUAAAUAAAGCACAUGAAGAAAUCAAAAAUGCUUUAAAUGGUGAAGAAUGGAUUAUUGAAUUUGAUUGGGAUGCCAUUUUCGAUAAAGUUGAUGAACAUGUUAAAAAACAAUUAGGUGAAGUAUUUUAUAAAAAUUUAUGUCCAAAUAUUAGUAAAUGUAUUGUAAAUGCAUCAAAAGAUGAAUUAACUAAAGAAUCAAUCAUUAAUGCAAAUACUGCUAAAAAGAUUGUAUUAAUUGUUAAUGAAGAUGCCAAGAAUUCAUCCUAUUGGAAGUAUGCAUUUAAUGGUGGUCAAUUAAAUCUUUUAUUCAAGAAAGGUUGUAAUAAUAUUACUGAAGCUGGUAAUUUCGAAUUAUAUAAAGUGAUUCCAAGUGAAGGUGCUUAUAGUUUACCAACUCGUCUUAAUAUGAAAAAGAAUCAAGAAAGAUUUGAACUUGCAUUCGAAAGAAUUAAAGUAGUUACCAGUAGAGAUUGGUCAUUUGAUGAAGCAUCAAUGGAAACUGUUUAUCCAACUGCUUUUGAACAUGAAAGUCAACGUGAACAAUUUGGUACUACAUUUGCUCAAAUUUUAGAAUACGUUGCUCAAAACAUUGAAAAACGUUGUAAAGAUGAAAUGACUUUAGAAAGUUUCAAUGAUGUAACUGCCAAUGGUAGAAUUAGUUUCAGACAUAAUCCAAAACAAACCACAGGCUAUUGGAAUUGGUCAUUCGCUAAUGGUGAUCUCAUCAUUACUUUCAAAUCCAUUAGUAAUAUCUCUGAUAAUGCCAACUACGAUUUCAUUAAAGUUCUCCCAGUUCCAGGUGUUUUCUCAUUAGCUGCUCGUUUGAAUAUGAAAGAGAACCAAGAGAAAUUCGAUACCGCUUUCGAAAGAAUUAAAGCAGCCACCCACAUGGAUUGGUCAUAUGAGCAAGAAUCAUUGGAGCAAAUUUAUCCAGCACUUGAAGAAAGAAAUAAAGAGAGAAUUGGUGAUUUAUUCUCUGAUAUUUUCAAAUAUGUUGCUGAUAACAUUGAAAAGAAAUGUAAAAAUGAUACAAUUUUAGAAGCAUUCGUUGAAGCAACUUCAAAUGCAAAGAUUGUUUUCCGUCAUAAUGCCAAAGCAAGUGGUUAUUGGAAUUGGACCUUUGAAGGUGGUAAUUUAAUCAUCACCUUUAAAUCAAUUUGUAAUAUCUCUGAUAAUGCCAAUUUCGAUUUCAUUAAAGUCCUUCCAGUACCAGGUGUUUUCUCAUUAGCUGCUAAAAUCAAUUUGAAAGAGAACCAAGAGAAAUUCGAUACCGCUUUUGAAAGAAUUAAAGAGGUCACUAAAGUAGAUUGGUCCUAUGAUGAGCAAUCAUUGGAAACUGUUUAUCCAGCACUUGAAGAAAGAAAUAAAGAAAGAAUUGGUGACUUAUUCCAAGAGAUUAUUAAAUAUGUCGCUGAUAAUAUCGUUAAACGUUGUAAAGAGGAUAUGGUUUUAGAAAGUUUCCUCGAAGCAACUUCAAAUGCAAAGAUUGUUUUCCGUCACAAUGCCAAAGCAAACGGUUAUUGGAAUUGGAGUUUUGAAAACAAUGAUUUAGUAAUCACCUUCAAAUCAAUUUGCAAUGUUAGUGAUAAUGCAAACUUUGAUUUCAUUAAAAUUUUACCAUCACCAGGUGUACUCACUUUAGCCUCUAGAAUCAAUUUGAGAGAGAAUCAAGAGAAAAUCAAUGAAUCUUUCGAAAAGAUUAAAGAAGUCUUGGGUAAUGAUUGGACUUAUGAUGAAUCUUCAAUCGAACAAGUUUAUCCAAAAUUAGAAGAAAAUAAUAAACCACGUGUUGGUGAUGUCUUUGCUGAAAUCAUUCGUUACAUCAGUCAAAAUAUCGUUAAAAGAUGUAAAGAUGAUGAUAUGGUCAAAGAAGGUUUCGUUGAAGCAACUCAAAAUUGUAAAAUCGUCUUCCAAUUUGUUGAAAAACAAAGUUCUUAUUGGGUUUGGAAAUUCGAUGGUGGUAAUUUAGUCGUAUCAUUCAAAUCAAUUUGUAAUACUAGUGAUAAUGCAAAUUUCAAUUUUGAAGCUCUCCUUUAA